GUUUUGUCAGCCAUUAAUACCUGAGAACACAAGCCAAGAAAUAACUCUCUCUAUCUCUCUCCCCGCGACGCAUUUAUUUUCUCGAUCAUCCUGAUCACGUGGUCGUCGUUGUCACGAUGUGUUACGGCCAGCAGCGACCCUUCUCCAGGGACAGCUUAACCCAGUCGCCACCCGCCGGGCUGCCAACCCCCGACAACGUCGUGGUGGUGGACACACUGCGGGGCCGGCUGGCCGAGACCGAGGCUCGGCUUGCCCGCGCCAGGGCUCGCGAAGCCGAGCUCAGCCGCCGCCUCGAGGAGAUGAAGCGCUUUGUCUCCGUCAUGGAGAUCCUUGAGACCUACCUCAAACGACGCUUCCGCGAGCAACAACAACACGUCGCCCUCCUCUUCACCCCUCCGCCCCAUAAAUAGAAACCUCUUCCCACUCGAUACUUCAAACUUCUUGAAACUGUGAGGUGCUUGCUCAUUAGGUGUUGUGGUGUUGUGUAAGAUAGGAAUUGGCUGGAGAUAGUUGAUGUUGGAAAGCCUCUCCAUGUUAUAAUGUUGGAAAGAAAUCCAGGUUAUGCUUCUCAAACAUGUGUUUCGAUGGAAAAUUUCUUAAUCUGGCUUGAGGAAAUGAAGAUUUCAUUCUAUAAACAUUUGUAAUUAUGCAACUGGAAUACCUCGUCACUGGAUGUUUUCCAUCUCUAGAUGUGAUUGAAAACUAACAUGGCUGGAGUACGCUGAACCGUGGGACUAAGUUUGAAGUAAUGGUAUGUAGAAUUAUUAAAUGUUCACAUAAAGUUCAAACGUGGGGCAUCUCCUAAAGAAUAGGUGGUCGAUGAUGCUGGCACAAUUGGGAUCCUCUAAUUUAUUGAGAUUUCUGUUGGUA